UGGCCUUGAGACAGAAAUCCUAUCUUUUGUUUUUUUGUAGUCUAUCGACUGCGGGCCUUUGUUGUCUGUCCGUGUCUCUCACUCUCCCUCGUUCUUAAACAGGAAGCAGGACACAGAUCCUGGAAAAGUUUUGGGAAAUUUAAGGACAAGCUGAGCACUGUGCUCCUUUAAUAAUUUAGUAAUCAGUGAUGUCAUGUUGCUAUGGCAACAAGACAAGGAGGGGGGUUUCUUAAAAGGGCAAGUAGACUUGAGUUGGCAGAUCAGACAGAAGGAGCAGGAAACCCCUUAACAAGUCCCAGAACCUCUUUUCUCCAUGUACAUCAAAUUCUGGCGCAGUUAUGGCGGGGAUAAAAAAGACGAAGCCGAAGCAAAUUUAUCACCUGAGUCUGAGUUAUCUGUUGAUCUGCAGGCUGAGAAAGGUAAAAAGACUGAGGGAAACCUACGUCUGUACCGCAUUGCGUGUGUGUUCCUCACAAUAAUCUGCUUGGUGCUACUGCUGGUCGUCAUCCUCCUCAGUGUGAAACCCCAAACUGGAUCCACACUGUGCCCAGAGAGAGAGGAAACCAUAGCAGCAACCAGGCAGAGUGCAACAACCUGCAGCUACAGCCGCUGCCAGGCUCUGUUUCCAAAUGUUCAGCUCCAAUAUAUGGGCUGCCGACAGUGUGCCGACGAUUGGCUGACUUUUGGCCGAUCAUGUUUUUACCUGUCCACCUUCAGGCUGAGCUGGGAUGAGAGCCAGAGAAACUGCAGCUCGAGAGGAGGAGCUCUGGCCAUCAUCUCCAGCCCCGAGACCCAGACUUUUCUGACCAUGAAGGGUCAAUUGAAUUACUGGAUUGGACUGAGACAGAAGGGUUCCACAUGGUCCUGGGUCAACAACACCGUACUGAGAGAGAGUUACUGGGCUACAGAUGUUGCGUCUGAAGGGAACUGUGGGCUCCUCGGCAGUGAACGACCUGCUGAGAAGAACUGGCUGAAAGCUCCCUGCCAAGCCUCCUCAUACUUCAUCUGUCAGCUGGGAUACUGACAGCAUCACAUUUCUUUUAACAGAAUGUUGAGAAAACCCCAAUUCUCCUUACAUGUAUCAACUCCUCAGUAACAAUCUACUUUCUUCUUAUUUCCAUUUCACAACUCAAUCAUAAGCAUACAGCAAAAAGGGGAAUAGUUUUAUAUUUUGAUGCUUGAAUAUUUGUUAAGACAGUUUUAUUUGACGGUACUCAUUUCCAGAUAUUUAAGAGGAACACAAGUGCUGAUUAAGGUACCUCUGUCUAAUUCACUGCAUGUUUCUUAACUGCUCUUUGACUUUGUACAAAACAGAGAAAGUCGAUUUUUUUUCAACAAGAUUUUUAUUCUCGUAUAAAAAUGUCUUAUUAACAAUAUAAUAAGUUUAAUGUCUAAAUUAAACUUUUUUUUAGCUUAGCAUAUAGUUAAUGCUACAUAUUUUGUUUUUACUGCUACAAAAAUAACUUGCUCUUUUCCAUAGCAUAAUACUGCAGACAUAAUUGCACCAUUUUCUAUACAAACAGAAUAAACCAGUUGAGUCCU